GGGGCAGGGGAGUGGGGGGUCUCCUGUCUUUCAGAAGUGGUGUCGCAUCCACUAUUUUGUCCAAAAUCGUCCUGCAUGGAUGCACCAUGGCUACGUUUCUGUGCAGGGUGCAGUUCUUAGAUGACACUGAUCCAUUUAACAGCACCAACUUCCCCGAGCCCACCAGGCCACCUCUGUACACGUUCAGGGAAGAUAUUCCUCUGAUCAAUCAGAUUGCUGGAGUCCACAGGCUGCUAAAAGCCCCGCAGAAGCCUGAUGACUGUGCCCUCCAGCUGUCCCACAAUGGAAGCUACCUGGACCUGGAGUCCACCCUGGCAGAGCAGAGAGAUGAACUGGAGGGAUUUCAGGAGGAAGGAGGGAGGGGAAAGAAACACGGUGUUAUUCUCCGAACACAGCUGUCUGUCAGAGUCCAUGCCUGCAUCGAGAAACUCUACAAUUCAACUGGACGGGAGCUCCGGAGAGCCCUCUUUUCCCUCAAGCAGAUCUUUCAGGAUGACAAGGACCUGGUGCACGAGUUCGUGGUGGAGGAAGGACUGACGUGUUUGAUAAAAGUGGGCGCCGAAGCGGACCAGAACUACCAGAAUUACAUCCUCAGGGCUCUGGGUCAGAUCAUGCUGUAUGUGGACGGGAUGAACGGCCUCAUAUCUGACAAUGAGGCGGUCCAGUGGCUUUACACGCUGGUUGGAUCCAAGUUCCGUCUGGUGGUGAAGACUGCGCUAAAGCUGCUGCUGGUGUUUGUGGAGUACACCGAGUCAAACGCAGCCCUGCUCAUAAAGGCUGUGAACUUUGUGGAUGCCAAAAGAGAAACCAAGCUGUGGUCAAACAUCAUGGAGAUCCUCGAUGAGAAGGACGGAGUGGAUACAGAGCUGCUGGUGUAUGCAAUGACACUCAUCAAUAAGACUCUGGCAGGCCUCCCAGAACAGGACUCGUACUACGACAUGGUCGACUGUCUUGAGGAGCAGGGCAUCGAGGUCAUGGCCCAGAGACAUCUGAGCAGAAAAGGCACCGACCUCGACCUCGUAGAACAGUUCAACAUCUACGAGCUGACUCUCCGACACGAGGACGGAGACGAUGAAACCCAGUUGCCCCCCAGCGUCCGCAAGGACCGCAGACGGGCCAGCGUGGGCGCCGCAAACGAGAGGCGAGGCCUGGAGAGGAGACGCAGCCGGAGACACUCACUGCAGAAUAGCAGGGGCCACACCUCCGCCCCAGCAUCCCCCUGCAGCCCUCACUCUCACGCAAGCAGCUUCCUGCCCUUCGGUGGUCGACGUGUUGAAGACAUUAGCGAGAGAGAUGAGGACGAAGAGGAAGAGGAGGAAGGAGUGGAGGAGGAGGAGGAGGAGGAGGGAGAGAAUGAGGAGGAGGAGGAGGACGAGGCAGAUUAUGAAAGUCAUCCAGUCACUGAGUCCUCUAGACGGGGCACUCACAGUCUGACAGAUAUAAACAACUCUCCUACAUCUUACACAGCUAGAAAGCCCUGCUGGGCCGAAAGAAUCAAUGGCAAUGGCAGUCCGUACCCUGGCAGGCACAAGGCUCCCACAUCCCCGAUUCAUCGCUUCACCACCACAGCAACCUCCACACCAGAGUCCCAUGCGGGUGACCGGCCGGCCCUCGGAGGCUUGCUUACGUCAUCGUACAGACAGCACCAGGAGUCUCUGGCUGCGGAGAGAGAGAGGAGACGGAUGGAGAGAGAAGAGCGCCUGCAGAGAAUCGAGAGAGAAGAGAGGAAUCGCUUCAAUCGAGAUCGUCUUGACAAGAGGGACGAAGCGAGACACGCCAGAGAGGAAAGGUUCAAGGCUGUGGAGAGGUUGGCCGCCGAGGAGUUUGAGCGGGAGCGUCCCAGGGCGCCGGCGAGAGGACGGACAGAGAUCACGCUGUGUUUGAGUCCCAACCCCGCCAGCCGCUCUGCGCCGCGCUGCGCCGCACCAUCGGCCAUUGCCUCACAGGAAGACACAGAUGCCACUGUGCACCGGGCGUUAGGAACAAAACAUAUUUUAGAGCCAAACCUUGACUCACAGACGAGAACCAAAAGCCCGGCGCCGGACUCGACAGUGUCAGAACCUUCCCCCCCACCUCCCUCCGAACCAGACAAGCAGGACACAGAGUCGCCCGCGGAGACGGAAAAUGUUCCUGAGACUCAGAAUGCAGUGGCAGAGCCAGCAUCAGAUGAACAUGCAGGCAUGGAGGAAGAGAGGCCGGAGCAGGAGAUGAUUGAGGAACAGAAAAAGCAACUGGACAAGGUGGAAGUGGAGGAGCAGGUAGAGGAGACCGGAGCAGCAGAAGUAGCAGAAGUUGGAGAGCCACGUGCGGCGAAUGUGGACUUACAAGAGGAGUUUGAGAAGGAGCAGCCAGCGGUCAGGGACGUCGAAGACGGCGUCCCGCUGAGUGAGAAGGAGAGGCAGAACGAGGAGGUGAAUGAAAAGGACAACUGCUCGGCUUCCAGCAUCUCCUCCGCGAGUAGCACCCUGGAGAGGGAGGAGCGGGAGGAGAAACUCAGCAACGACAUCGAUGCAGCAGGCCAAUGGACGCAGUGCGGCAAAGAAGCGGAUGUAAACGACCAGUGCAACAAAAUAAUUAACAGCAAGCGCUUCAUGCUGGACAUGCUCUAUGCUCAGGCGACAACCGGCAAGGACGAAGGGAAGGCGGCAGAGACGGAGAAGGAAAACUGUAAGCGUGAGAAGGAUGCAGAGGUCGGUGACUCCUCUGUGGCCAGCUUGGCCAGCAGGAUCUCCACCCUGGAGGCCCACAGACAGGCCAGAGACGAAAAUGUGAAAAAAAUGGAUGUGGGACAUCUGGACAACCAGGGCAGCGUACGAGCAGUGGCAGAGAGGUUUGGGGAUUUGGUGAAAGGCCUAACGUCUCCUCCCGAGGUCGAGGCCUCGAAAGAGCAGCAGCAGGUGCAGGCUGACAAGUCACCAAUCGCCGCCUCCUCAAGCUCACCCCCUAAGAACGAGUCCGACUAUAUCUGGGACCAGCUGAUGGCCGAACCCAGAGAGCUGAGGAUCAAAGAGAUGGACUUCACAGACCUGAGGGAUGAGGACGACAUGGACAUUUUAGAUAUGGACAGUGUGCUGGGGUCGGGUGACCUCAUACCCCCACCUCCACCUCUGCCAUGUAACUCUGCACUGCCACCACCCCCGCCCCUGUUUGGGUGCCCUCCUCCUGCCCCUCCCAUCCUGAGGAAAAUGAUGCCCCCAGGCCCCCCAUUAAUGGCCCCCGCCCCUCCGCCCUCCCCUCAGUUAAGUCAGAGAGAGACGACUCCUCUCUUCCAAAAGAGAAAGAAGACCAUCCGACUGUUCUGGAACGAAGUGCGUCCCGUGGACUGGCACUCUAAGAGCCAUAAAUUCUGUAAGGAGUCUCUCUGGUCCAAACUGGAACCGGUUAAAGUGGACACGUCCAAGCUAGAGCAGCUGUUUGAGUCCAAAUCCAAAGAGCUGCCUGUCACAAAGAAAGCAGCUGUAGACGGAAAACGACAAGAAAUCAUAGUGCUGGACUCGAAACGCAGCAAUGCCAUAAACAUUGGCUUGACCGUGCUGCCUCCUCCUCGCACCAUUAAGACGGCUAUUCUCAACUUUGAUGAGUACGCACUGAACAAGGAGGGCAUCGAGAAAAUCUUGACAAUGAUCCCCACAGAAGAAGAGAAGCAGAGGAUCCAGGAGGCUCAGCUGGUCAACCCUGACGUGCCCCUGGGCAGCGCUGAACAGUUCCUCCUCACCCUCUCCUCCAUCACAGAGCUGUCCGCUCGCCUGCAGCUCUGGGCAUUCAAGAUGGACUAUGAGCUUAUUGAAAAGGAAGUAGCAGAGCCUCUGCAGGACCUCAAAGAGGGGAUGGACCAGUUGGAGAAAAACAAGACUCUCCGCUACAUCUUGACCACGUUGUUGGCCAUUGGCAACUUCCUCAAUGGCACUAAUGCUAAAGGCUUUGAGCUGAAUUACUUGGAGAAAGUCCCGGAGGUGAAGGACACGGUUCAUAAGCAGUCCCUGCUGCACCACGCCUGCUCCAUUGUGGUGGAGAAGUUUCCAGACAGCACUGAUCUCUACUCUGAAAUAGGAGCUAUCACCCGCUUGACCAAGGUGGACUUUGACCAGCUUCAAGACAAUCUGGCACAGAUGGAGCGAAGGUGCAAAGCAUCAUGGGAUCAUCUCAAGGUCAUUGCGAAACACGAGAUGAAACCACCAUUGAAACAAAAAAUGUCAGACUUCCUCAAAGAUUGUGCAGAGAGGAUCAUUAUUCUCAAAAUAGUACAUCGGAGAAUACUCAACAGGUUUCAUGCCUUUCUGCUGUUCCUGGGCCAUCCGAUAUAUGCGGUACGCGAAGUCAGCAUUCAUCGCUUUAGCAAAAUCCUGAGUGAAUUUGCCCUGGAGUAUCGCACCACGAGAGAGCGCGUGCUACAACAGAAACAGAAGAGGGCCAACCACCGAGAGAGGAAUAAAACCAGGGGGAAAAUGAUAACAGAUAGUGGUAAAUUUGCCGGUGCCCCACCAGAGUCCCGUGAGAUCGCGUCUCAGGGUAUCAAGUACGCUGAAGAUGCAGCUGAACACGAGAGCAUGAAGGCCGUGCUGAAGAGCAGCCUGCAGGGCGGAGAGAGUGUGGCGUCCACGGUGCCCGGCCUGCGUACACGCACCAGAGCCAGCAGCACCAGAGGGCACGUUACCCCGUGGUGUUCUGCCAGUGACGACCCGGUGACCUGCACGGAUGACACGGCUGAUGAGAUCAUGGAGAGGAUUGUAAGGUCAGCCACUCAGGGGCCCAGCCAGCGGACGCAACCUCGGGAGAGGAGACGGUCCCGAGCCAACCGAAAAUCACUGAGGAGGACACUGAAGAACGGUUUGACAACAGAGGAGGCAAAUGCCCUCGGCUUAUCCAGUGGUUCAGAGAUGCAGAUGUGAACUGGACAUACCGUCAGGACGUCUCGGAGCCCGUUCACUGUCCCUCCAAUGGCCACUCCCAAACACUACAGUUCCCUCACAGCUGUCUCCACGAGUUCAUCUCCUCUUCAUGGCAUUUGGUUCACAAGGGCUUCCUGGAGGGAGCGGAUACGAGGAUUAGUUCAGGACAGCCGAAGAGAGCAGAAACAGAACGUGCGUUCAAACCACUAACAUGCGCUAUUGCGGGAUAAACAUUAAUGACGUUCCCCCUCGAGGCUAAAUCGCAAUCAUCCUUCGAACGUGACAUUGCGUCCAAACACUCGUGCAAAAAUGUGUGUUUUUCAAGGUGGAGGGCAUCAAAACAGUUGGCAGUGCAUUUGUUUCCGUGUCAGUGGCCUCGGUUGAAUCCAAAGGCCAAGACGUGUGGUACAGACACUGCAUUCUCCGGAAAACAGAAAGAACUUGUGUCUGUUGAAUACAUGGCUUUGUGCAGGGGGCUGUUCUGUUAUCUACUACUGUGGUAGCUUUGUGUUUCUUUCCAUUUUGCUGAAGAAGGUGCUCAAGGGGAACAAUUGCACUGGAUGUGAAAGCAUGGUGUAAAAGGAAUUUGAAAUCCUUGAAACUGAUGAACCACUGAACCACAUCUGAAAAUACACCCAAGAGUUUAACCAGCAAAUCGAUAGUUGCACAGUUUGUAAUGUCCAAAGUGGACACGUUCAAGCUACGGUAGAUGAACAUACGCUUUGUCUAGUUGGUCGACACAAUAAGAAGAGACACAUUUUAAGGACCACAGUCCACGGGCCAGUUUUUGUGUGGGAGACUGGUGCUACCACUCACCCACAUGCUGAUGCUCAUCAACACAUGUAGACAAGCGUCCUCAUGCUACCUAUUCUCCCACUUAAAGGAAGCCAGGCACAGCGUUACAAGUGAGCAAUCUUUAGAGAUCAGUAGUCAUAUUUUCUAGAAACUAUGAGCUGCACAUCUCACAGUGCCUUUUAGAGACAUUUAUUUAUUAAGAUGUUUUCAGGGACAUAUAAUCAAGAAAAUGUUACUACAGAUGUGCAGUCUGUGAGGGGCGGGAGGAUCAUACAUGUACAUCAUUCAAGAGGUGUGGCUUAUUUUUAACCAGUGUUUUUAGAACAUGCCAUGGCAAUGUUUGUUUUUUUCUUUUUAUGUUUUGGAUUGAAUAAUAUGUUAUGGAGAUUUCUCUAGAGUAUUUAUGACAAUUUAGGCUUGGUAAUACACAUAGGCUGUAUCGUGUUGCCUUACUAUAGAAUAUAGAAAUACAUCAUUCCACUCUCGUCGAGAUCAUCUCGGUCAAAUGUCGGAGUUAAAAACAGAGCAGGCCAAAUGAACAUGUAGUUUAACUGGCAUCACUGGAGAUCUGAGUUUGUUAUUCACAGGAUGUGGAGAUUCAUCGGCCAUCUAUCAAUGAGAAAAUCUGCGUUACAUGACGUAAAAUGGACAAAUAGAAGGUCAUCUGUUUUAAAACAUGUAUAUUUAAAUCGUGGUGAACAAGACUGAGCCCACAGUUUAUGUUUCCGAUCAUGUCUGUUUUGCAACUGUUGAUGAACUCAUUGUGCUAUUCAUUUGGAACGGCCUUGCCUCUGCUAAUCAUCAUUUUGGUAGAAAUCUAUUCUAUAGCAAAUCCCCACUCUGAUGGAAAGAUGGCCUUCGAGAGAAACAAGAAUUUAGCGCAACAUUACAAUAAAGCUGCGUAAGAUCACACCAGCAGUACAUUAUUUUGUUCUGUAACAAUUAACUGAAAACUAUUCAGCACCUUAGACUUUGUGUAGCAUGCAACUUUAAAAUAACUGAAGGUAUAGGGGAAGAGCUCAUUGUGCUUCUCAGAUUGUGCUGUUGGACAGAAUAGAUGUGUAAAGUAAUGUAGGGAGAAUACUGUAAAAUGUUGUACAUGUCAUGACAAUGUCUUUACGAUGUGUUUGUUUUUUGCUCCGUGUGUAGAAUAGUGUGCUAUAGUCUAAAGCAGUAUUAUUCUAAAUAUAAUUUAAGCGAAACAAGUCAUGAAAGGUUUUAUGAUGUGUCACCUCUGCUUGAUACAAAAGGAGGUUCAGUCAGGUUCUCAGAGCUGCAGGGUUUUACUUUACAGACUGUUAAAGAAACACGGUGAGACGCGUAUGAUGACAUUCACAUUUUACUCCUGUGGCGUUCGGUAGAAGCCAUUGAUUGCAUUGCACUCAGCAUUUUUCUUCUUCUAAUUUAACAUCAGCCCAUCACACACUAGCUGCCUGCGCCAUAACGUCACUGUGCAACUUGACACAAGUGCAUUACAACCAAGGCUUCGAUUGUGUCUAUAAUGCCCACAGCAAAAUAAAAACAUAUACAAUAAAAAGGCUCAUUAAAACCUG